AUGGAUUUUGUUAAUCCCGAUGAUGGUCAAAUUAUCCCAGUGUAUCGAGUCAUGGAUCUUGAUGGCAACGUCUUGAACGAAUCACACGAUCCUAAGGUACCAUGAUCAAAUAAUUAUAAGAUUAAGUGUCUGUAACUGUUAUUUACUAGUGAAAAUGUAAUGUAAGUAUUCAAAAAAAUUUGACCCCUGUAUCUGGAGACAAAAAGUCGGCUUUGAGGAAACUUACCAGAUACGCAAGUACGUACCAGAAAAAUGUGCGGCUUUAAAAAGAAGUGCCACAAUCUAUAAGGCACGGUCAUAAUUUGUUGAAACACUUUCGAAAAACACAAAAUGCACCAUUGAAAGUCUUUGUGGGGUACACGUAUUGCCGGCUUUCCUCAUCUCCCUAAUGUUUGUUUGAAGGGUUUUCUUGGGUAUAAAUGCUUUCGAAAUCAACAUUGUAGGCCGCAAAAAGCGGGGAGGGGGGCAAAAUUCGUUAGAUUCAACGAUUAAGACCAGGAAAGAAGCCGCUUUCAGAGCCAGUUUAACUCGUAAAAUGAAUGCAUCAUUUAUUCAUCCAUUCUUGGAUCACAGUUUCGCUGCAUGAUUGGUUUUGUUGCGCACGAAAAGGGAACGUUCUCAUAGAAUAAAACCUGAUAGACUGGAGAAAGUUCAUUAUCAGUGUUUCUUAAGGCGAUAUGUUUGAGAGGCAGAAUUAAGUAAGCUACAAUUCCCUAUCGUGCUCUAAUCGUGCUCGAGUCCCGCUUUACCUAAGUAAAUGUCGAACAACGUUCUGAAGAUCGUGGUCACGCGAUAGUAGUAUGCAGUUGGCAUGGGUUUCCCUAUUACCACGAAUCCACCAACUUUAUCUCGUUAUGGAUUAUUAUUGAUUGGUAUUAUUCUUGUCUGUGUUUUUCCCUAGCUGAAGAAAGAAACCGUACAAGAUAUGUACAAAAAGAUGAUCCUUUUUAAUACAAUGGAGCGUAUCCUAUAUGAGGCACAACGACAAGUAUGUUUAAUCCGAAUCCAUAUUACAUGGCCGCGCGAAGAUACGAAAUUUCUCUUCGAGUGCGAACGAGUGAAAUAUUAUUUAAAACCCGCGAAGAGAAAUUUCGUAUCUCCAAGCGGCCAUGUAAUGUUUUAUUUAUUAAAUAAACACCAAUUAAUGCCAAACCAUGUGAAAGGCGCGAUUUAUUAUGUAGCCAUAGCAACGGCGAUCUUUCCAGGCGUGAAGAAAUCGUCUUUUUUCGGGAAAGCUUGCCUGGUAUUUCAUGGGUGUUUAUAUAAUAAAUAUAUAUAUUGUAGGCGAUUGGCUUCCUUUCAAAAUAUCAGAAACUAAAACAUAUGAUCAUUACAAUUUUACCGACGCCCGGUUUGCUCGUUGGUAGAGUGCCGGUCUGCUGAAUAUGAGGCCGUGAGCUCGAACCCCAGCAGGAGCACCAAAGGGUCUUUAAAAAAAUUAGUAAUAACCAAUGGUUAGAGAGUACGGGCGACAACGAUCGGAGGUCCAAAACGCUCUUGCUCAAGCGCUGUGCUUUGCGUACGUUUGCACGUGACAGAUGAUAAAAACACGUGUGAUCAGAUUACGAUUGACAUAAGGCCCAAACGCGCGUGAUCAAUUCCAUUCAUUCUUAGUCGGAGUCCAAACGAAUACAUGGGACGCAUGCGUAAUAGCAACCUGGAGAUUAGGAUUGCGGGCUCCUCCUUUCGCCCGCAAUAACUGGUAAGACUAUGCUAGCCGCGAUUAAAACGCUUUUUUGAGGUCAGAUGAUAGUGUCAUUACCCGGUGGCGUGAAACCUGAUUGGCCUUGUCUCCUUUAAAUAACCAUGCGCAUCAGCUGGAAGGAAAAUGUAAAAGACUCCUUGACACUGUUCGGAAAGUGUAGGGGACCUAGGCCUUGAUGUUAUGGUCCAUCCGACUUGCUCCGUCAUCACUUGUCUGUGUGGGCGAGGUGAGGGCCGUGAGGGGUCCAAACAGGAACCGGCUUAAGCGGAUGCAGAAUGCGUCUUUAAACACGCUGUCGUCCAAUCUCACCUCUCCAGUUCCUAUGCUAUUCAGCCACUGGUUGGAAAGAGAGGAAAACCGGCACCAUUUGCGUUUCCAUUUCAUAGGGACGGAUAUCAUUUUACAUGACAAACUAUGGUGAAGAAGGCACUCAUUUUGGUAGCGCGGCUGCUCUGUUGCCUGAAGAUGUAAUAUUCGCCCGGUACCGUGAGGCUGGUGUGCUGAUGUCAAGAGGCUCCACAAUAGACGAAUACAUGAGCCAGUGCUUUUCUAAUCGGAAUGACAAUAGAAAAGGACGACAAAUGCCUGUUCAUUUUGGUUCUAAAGAUCUUAACUUUGUUACUAUUUCAUCCCCCCUUGCUACUCAGAUGCCACAAGGUUAGUAAGUGUUAACUGUGUUAUGUUAAGGUUACCUUUGAAUUUCAAACAUCAGAUUGUAAAUUACUAGUAACAACAGUAUGAUGCAAGUUAAGGUUAAGAGAUACCUGAAAUUAAAUGAGAUUAGUCUGUGUACAGCUGCCCCUUAAAUGAGGUCCACGUCUAUUUAAGUAAUCACCACGUGAUCACAUGUUUUGUGUCAUGGGGCAUGACAAAACUUGUAAUACGAGCCCGAAAUAAAGUAGAACCCCGAUAACUCGAACUCGGAUAACUCGAACUCCCUGCUAACUCGAAGUAAGUCCAAUUUCCCUUGGAUUUCACCCUACUUUUCAGUCAUAUUUACUUGGAUAACUCGAAUUCCCUUCCAGCUCAAACUAAUUCAUUUCCCUUGAUUCACUGACGUUUACCUCGAUAACUCAAAUUCUGGUUCUUGUAACUCCACUCGGAUGCCAUCCCAUUAGCUCUUCUUUUUGUAAAAUCAGUAAAAACAAUAAAACUAACUCUGGUCAACGAACAGAUCACAUUUUAUCAUUUAAAAAAAUUCCCAAUCAUGUUACCUUUUCUGAUAAAAUAAAGUGAUUUUACUUAACCCGUGAAACAGGUUGUAGAAUACUACGCGCUAUUACGCACUAAUCCCAUUGUGUUCUUUUGUGUACCUCUUGCUGUUUUGCACUACUUGACCUACUCGUUAUUAUCUGUUUCACGGUCCAAGUAAAAUCACUCCGAGGCUUUCUGGUCAUUUUUCUAUAUUUAGUUUGGUUUUCUUUGUGCUCAAGUCUCUUCUGGGAAUUGCGACACAGUGGAGUCGUGAAAAAUUUGCAAUUUUGACCCUAAAGCCUCGGAGCCAUGUUAGAAUUUUAUAUAUAUCGAACGUGGGCUAUGGUAAAUUUCCCAAAUCUCCCCUAUCGUCCCCGGCCUAUGUUAGGUAAUCCAAGACAAACUUGGAUUCAGGAUUUCACGAGCUGUAGUUCCGGAUUCAUUGUCAUAUGAGCUUGGGUUCGGGAUUGGAUUCCUUAAGAUGAAUUGCGGAUUCCAAGACCCAUGAUUCCGGAUUCCACAUGUAAAAAUUUCCCGGAUUCUGGAUUACUUUACAUGCGGCGGCUCUGACAAUAUCUUUCUGUUUCAGCAACUGGAUAUGCCUAUGCAAUGAAAAGAGCAGGCACUGGAAACUGUGUCAUCUGUUACUUUGGUGAAGGAACCGCAAGCGAAGGAGAUGCUCAUGCAGCAUUCAAUUUUGCUGCAACUCUGGAAGCACCUGUUGUUUUCUGCUGGUGAGGUUCAACAUAACGAUAGUUAAAAAGCUUACACAUAACCUGAGUUGUGAGUUAACUUUUGGCAAUCAUGGAAAAUGUAGUUUUGUAGGUAGAGGCGUGUCACCGAUUGGCUUCCCCAGUUUGUUGCGGACGAGACGUUGAAAGAGUCUGGGUUCGAUUUUCGACUGGACCAACACUCAGUUGACUCAGGUCUUAACUGAAAUAAUAGAUGAAGAAUGUGUUGCCUGCCUCUAGGCGGGCAAAAAACAGAUGGGUUAACAAUCUAGUCUCCUUAGAAUCUUAGAAAAGUACUAAAAACCGUAGGUUCGCUUUAAAAUAACCCACAGGGAUUUGGCCUUUUGGGACGUAAAAUAACCCACGUUGUUGUUCGAAAAGAGAACAGGACGUAGACUGUCGCGGUGACCAACCGUUUAUGGGAACAUGAAGAUGAAAAACGAGAUUAGAGUAGUCGAGUGAAUAGCGUUCAGUUAUUUGGAGUGCCGAUUUCAAAGAUUCUGCGGCUUUCCGUUUCGGCUACAAUGAUUGAGAAGAUUAAAUUGGAGCGCGGCUUGCUUUGAUGCAUCUAAGUUUUCCUUUCUAUCGACUUCUCGAAGAUGUUUGCGGACCUACUUUUCUGUCUGUUUUUUUUUUAAUAACAGUAACAUUUUACUACCCGCGAAAAUAGCAGCCUCUCAUCGCAAUACGUCGCUGGGAAACGUCCACGGGAAGACGGAGGGCAAUGAGGGCAGAGAAUUGAUCGGCAAACUUCAGAUUUCAGCCAGUUAGGCCUAGGCCAAAUGUCAAACUUUUCAUGAGACGCACCAAACUCUAAGUUGGCUCGACCUAAAGUAAGGUAAGAACGUCUGUGGGGUCAGACGUCAAACUUAGGGCGCGUAGAGCCAAUCAACUGAGACAGACCCAAAAGCAAUUUUGAUAAAUUUUCUCCCCAGCGAGGCUAAAUAUACAUUAUGAUACAAUUUUUUUUCUAUCUAUUACUUUAGUUCAUCGUAUGUAAAGAUCGACGUUUGUCCCGGCGACGAUCUUCAUACGUUUUAUCUGUCUGAGGCAGACGGGUAGAAGGUUUUGAACGAUCCAAACGUAACAGAGCCAGACGUCGAACUUUUCAUAAACUUAACACUCUUUAAGUUUGGUUCGUCUUAUGGAAAGUUCCACGUUUGGCCUUGGCCUUAUGGGUCCUACCUGUUUCCCAUAUUGGUUAGGAUGUUGGACUCAAAUUAAAAAUGGACUAAUAGCACCUACCAUUUACCUUGUCAAGCCUCCCUGAAAAUGGCCAUAAUCAGAGUCACCUCUGAGGCGAAUAUGUUCAAAUGCUUCGGUCUUUUGUGAUUAGAUGUUAUUGAGAAAAUAUACUGUUAGUGGAAGUCUCUUGAUUGAGCAGCUUUUUCUUUUCUCUGUAUCAACAGUCGUAACAACGGUUAUGCAAUAUCUACUCCUACGGAUGAGCAAUACAGAGGGGAUGGAAUAGGUGAGUAUACCUUAGGCCAGACGAACCAAAGCAAAAGCUCAUUGCAGUCUUCUUGAACGUUUUUAAUUAUCACCGAUGUGUUUUGCUCCUUAAUAUUUUUUUAUCAUUUAUAUUGACAUUUACCUCUUAACCUCUUUCCAGCAAGAAUGGCUAAAGUAGAAAUUCAAUACAAUUUUCACAUUUCAUCUUGUGGAAUGAUGAAAAUAACAUAGUACCAUGUGAGAGUACCGCAAAACAGGUUUCAUUUGAGUAUAGUUACACCAGUAAUCUGAAAUGUCAGUCUUCUCUUUGCACCAGCAACCCCUCUCCCCCCCGCCCCUAAACGGGCGGCCCGACGAGACAGACAGGUAACAAUUGUUUGUUUUCUUAACCAAUCAACAUCAACUAACCAUUUACGCAAAAGUUUUUGACGUCAAGAGAGAUUAAGAUUCACGUUUACGGCAAACGGCAAACGUCAGAUUCAAGUUGAGAAUUUCUCAGAGAGAAAAAUAAGCAGAUAAAAACUGUCCAGAACAGUUCUUAUGGAGAAAACUGGCUUGAAACUACUUAUUUUGGGGUAGAAGUAAUAAACAGUAAACGACAACUAAUGGGAAAACUUGGUCACGUGUUGCAAAUUCACGUUUGCCGUUUGGCGUAAACGUGAAUCUUAAUCUCUUUAUUCGUGAACUUACGCAACAGGACGGCAGAGGAAAGAAGACGGCAAACCUUGUGUGACAAGCGUGACAAUGAUUUUGUUAGAAAUAACUUUUCGCCAAACUUCACUUUCCUUUAAACAGAUCUUUUUGUAAGAGACCAGAAAACAUUGAUGUUAGUGACGAUCACGACAAAAUACGCACGUAAUAGCCUUGUCACGUUCGUCACGCGCAUGCGAUUUGCCGUCCUGUUCUUCCUGCUGCCCUGUUGUCCAGUCUCUCGUCUGGCCGCCCAUUUGUGGGUAGGGGGUGGGGCAAAGAGACGACGGACAUUUCAGACUAUUACACCAUUAUAGGAUUUCGUCCACAAACACAAAAGGUAAAACAACCUUACAAGUGUAAAGAAUAAAAUGAAUUAAAAGUUUGCGCAGUCAUCACAUCCCAGUCUUUCCUGAACUGUGAAAGGAUAAGCAUAUUGUAUCCUUUAUUUUAAGCUGGGCGUAGCAGGGGCUAUGGGAUGAUGGCUAUUCGUGUAGAUGGCAAUGAUGUGUUUGCGGUUUAUAACGUUACCAAAGCAGCACGUGACAUUGCAGUAAAUCAACAGCGACCUGUUUUGAUUGAAGCCAUGACUUACAGGUAAGAUAAAGAAGACGCUAAGUUGCUCGUUUUAGAAGUGCUACUGAGUUCCAUCUCCGCCAUAUCGCUUACCUAUAUACUUUUGGAAACUGUCAGAAGAAGGAAAUAAUAUUUUUUGAAAGUCUUUAAAAACAGUUGUUUUAGAGAAAAUAUCUGGGUUUCUAAGGAUAAAACAAAUUGCGCAAUAUACUAUUCUGUGCGUUCCUUCGAGAUGAUUCGGAGCAAGAUCGGUGAUCCGAGAUCCGAGGUCACUGCCAUCAUGGUGUCUCCAAUGCUCUGAUGGAUACAUUCAGCUCAAGAAUUCACCUCUUCCUUGAAUGAAGCUGAUCCGGGUGAUCUCGGAUCACUAAUCAUAAUCAAAAUCUACCUAAAGGAACACAACCUGUGAGGUCAUCUACCGUGGUUCUGUGGUGUACCUUAGGUGCCGUGGGUGGAACCAUCCACUGACCUUGUAUUUUGUGGUUUAACCGUGUUGUUCGUCUUGUUUUCCUUGGUUUGAUCAUUAGUCUAUUUAAAAUGUUGUUUUGGAGACAGAAAACUACGUACUACAACUGGCAGAGUUUAAUUGGCGUGAAAUGUUCAAACCAAUCGCCCAAACGGAUAUGUAGCUAAUACAUUGUAUAACCCAAACAGUUCAAAACGCCUCUUAAAGGGCACGCUCCAUCUUUCUCAACCAACCUUGAUCCAGUUCUAUAUCGUUGUCGGUCAUAAACAAUAAGGUCAAGUCAUAGCUGACUUAUAAGAAAAGUUUCAGUGGCCCUUUAAACUUAAAAUAUAUAAACUACUGUAUUUAAAAGUUGAAGUAACUUCCUCGCACUAUUCAUAUGACGAAUAGAAAAAGGGAGUUAUCAGUCCACACUAUAUUACCUAUGUCGGAUUAUUAACGCAGAAUUAAUCGUUUCGUGCUAUACUACUUAUGUUGAAUGCAAAAUCGGGUGUAAAUAAUUUGCACUAUACUACUACGUCGACGAAGAAAAAGAUGGGAAUAACCGCUGACUCGCGCUAUAUACUCCUUAUGUCCAUUUUUAAAAACAGCAGUAAACGGUUCGUGAUAAGCUACAUACAUCGACUAAGAAAAUAAUGCGUGCAGCCGCCUGCUUGCUCUAUACUGAUGACGGCUUACGAAAAAAACCAAGAGUAAUAUUUUCGCGCCAUAUUACUUUGUCGGCUUUUCAAUUAAAAUUACUCAAAAUCCCUUCUACAGGACUGGAGAUCACAGCACUAUGGCGAGUGACGAUAAAGCAAUGCACCGCUCAUCAAAGGAAGUCGAUUAAUGGAAAACAGAGCUCAAUCCAAUUGUGAGGCUUAGGUAAAUAAGCAAAAGUUUAUCAAACUUGGGUUACUUGUCUCACACAAUAUCCAGGACUAAGGAGUUUUCGGUCAUUCUCAUGAAAGAUCACGCAUCGUGUGUCAUUGAUGGGCACGCCAACCUAAUAUGAACAAAGUUCUCCAGAAAAUUUGAAGUGGAAGAAGAAAAACAUUAACAUCAACUGAUUAGAUCGAAUGGCGCGUCUUGGGGCUAACCCCUUUCAUUGGAGAAGUCCGGGAGCCUCCUCUCAUUUUGGGGUUCUUAGAAAGUGUGCUGUGCUGAAAGUAUCUGUGCUGUGCUGAGAGAUACUUUCAGCACUCGAAGAUAAAAUUCGUAUCCUCAAGCGCCCUGUAACAUCGUCUAUUUCUUUGGCACAAGAAGAGGCAGAAAACUUUUUGAAUUUAAUUCGUUUUUGGACUAUUCCUUCUUUUCAUCGUCGUUUCGUCUUGAGUUACUUAAACGCCGUACGAUCCUGUUUGAAGCUAUCACCCUAGCCAGCAUUUUCAAAGGGUAUCCACUUUGCAUUGACGGAAUAUAUCUCUCAGGGUUUCUUGGGUCAUAAUAAAGGACAAAACUGCACGUUAACAAGUACUCAAUAAUUUUCGUGCAAGAGACAUAUAGCUCUACUGACCAAGAAAAAUUAUGGAGUAACGAGUGGGGUAGUAAAGUGUUCAUUUUAGCUGCAGAAUUACCGUCUUGCUCAAUAAGAGCUGAUGAACAUAUAAAGGGAAUUCGAGUCCUAAACAAAGAAAUAAAAUUAUCUCAAUAUGCCGAUGACACCACCUCCUUUUGCAAAGAUAAAGAGUCGCUUGGGCAAGAGACAUAUCUUCCUGCAAAGGAGCGAAAUUAAACCCCCAAGCUUUGAUCACUUUUUUGAAUUCGUUAAAGACAAGUUAAUUGUGCAAAGAUCGAUUUUUUAUUCCAAAGGACAAAAAGCAAAAUUUCUUUCACAAUGGAAGCCUCUCCUCUCCUUACUGUAAAUGAUUAUAAUCUAAUCUACGUAUGCGUGAAGCAAGCCUGGUUGCAGUGUAUGUUGUAUUAAUCGUUGGAAUCUUAAUUCUUAAUUAUAAUUUUUUGCAACCUUACAUUUUGUAGUGAAAGUGUUAUUGUAAGUGAUGUAGUGGUAAUAAAGAUCUCUGUUAAUAAAAAAAAAAAUAAAAAAAAAUAAAGGACAAAACUCAAAUGUGACACGAUUUUCAUUUACUACUAGACGAUACAUGGAGAACAAAAACUGGUGGAACAGUGAAGUGGAAGAAGAGUGGAAACAAGAUUCUCUUCACCAAGUCACGCAAGCACUCUCAAGAGCUGACAAAGCAUUAAAACCGCCUGUGAAAGACAUGUUUACUGAUGUGUAUGACAAGCUACCGUCUCGCUUGAAGAAACAACACCAAGAAUGCAUGAACCAUGUCGCCAAAUACCCGCAUGAAUAUACCACUGAACUAUAUGAGAAUUAA